CGUGCGGGGGAAAGUUGGGCUCCCUGAGGGCGGCGGCGGCCGAGCCCGGGGCUCCCUCCGCGCCCUCCUCCCGCGGCCCCGGCCCCGGCCCCGAUGCGGCGGAAGCAGAAGCGGCUGCUGCAGGCGGUGGGGCUGGCGCUGGCCGCCCUCGUCUUCUUGCCCAACGUGGGGCUUUGGUCCCUCUACCGCGAGCGGCAGGUGGAGGGCGGCGGGGCGGCCGGCGGGGAAGGGGCCGGCGCCGCGGGGCUGGCGGGGGCGGCGGCCGGCGAGGCAGCGGCAUCACAUGUGAGGCAAAAGAAGGACUCUUACUUUGGUGAUGGACAAAGGAAAAAGGACUGGCAUAACAAAGAAGCUAUAAGGAGAGACUCUGAGCGUGUAGGAAAUGGAGAGCAGGGAAAACCUUACCCAAUGACUGAUGCAGAGCGAGUGGACCAGGCGUACAGGGAAAAUGGCUUUAAUAUCUUCGUGAGUGAUAAAAUUUCUCUGAAUCGCUCCCUUCCAGAUAUCAGACAUCCAAACUGCAAGAAUAAGCUGUACCUGGAGAAGCUUCCCAACACCAGUGUGAUAAUACCAUUCCACAACGAGGGAUGGUCCUCUCUCCUCCGGACAGUGCACAGUGUCCUGAACCGCUCCCCUCCUGAGCUGGUAGCAGAGGUAGUGCUGGUGGAUGACUUCAGUGACAGAGAACACCUGAAGAAACGCCUGGAAGAUUAUAUGGCCCAGUUCCCAAAUGUGAGAAUCCUCCGAACCAAAAAGCGAGAAGGCCUGAUAAGGACUCGAAUGCUGGGGGCCUCGGUGGCCAUUGGGGAUGUCAUCACCUUCCUGGAUUCCCACUGUGAGGCCAAUGUGAACUGGCUGCCACCUCUGCUAGAUCGUAUUGCCCGGAACCGCAAGACUAUCGUGUGCCCCAUGAUUGAUGUUAUUGAUCAUGAUCACUUUGGAUACGAGACUCAGGCUGGAGAUGCAAUGCGAGGUGCAUUUGACUGGGAGAUGUAUUACAAGAGGAUCCCCAUUCCUCCUGAGUUACAGAAGCUUGAUCCCAGUGAUCCUUUUGAGUCUCCUGUAAUGGCUGGAGGACUGUUUGCAGUCGAUAGAAAGUGGUUCUGGGAGCUGGGAGGGUAUGAUGCAGGUCUGGAGAUAUGGGGAGGAGAGCAGUAUGAAAUAUCCUUUAAGGUAUGGAUGUGUGGGGGUCGCAUGGAGGACAUCCCUUGCUCCAGGGUUGGUCAUAUCUACAGAAAAUAUGUCCCAUACAAGGUUCCAACAGGAGUCAGCCUGGCAAGGAACCUGAAGCGGGUGGCUGAGGUGUGGAUGGAUGAGUAUGCAGAGUUCAUCUACCAGCGCAGACCCGAGUACCGGCAUCUGUCUGCAGGGGACGUGGCGGCGCAGAAGGAGCUUCGCAACAACCUCAAUUGCAAAAGCUUCAAGUGGUUCAUGAACGAGGUCGCGUGGGACUUGCCGAAGUUUUACCCACCAGUGGAGCCUCCAGCAGCUGCCUGGGGAGAGAUACGCAACGUAGGCACUGGACUGUGUGUGGAUACUAAGCACGGAGCCCUGGGAUCCCCACUGAGGCUGGAAAACUGUGUGAAGGACAGAGGAGAGGCAGCAUGGAACAAUGUGCAGGUAUUCACAUUCAGCUGGAGAGAAGACAUCCGUCCUGGGGAUCCUCAGCAUACCAAGAAGUUCUGUUUUGAUGCCAUUUCCCACAGCAGCCCAGUAACCCUCUAUGACUGUCAUGGAAUGAAGGGGAAUCAGCUCUGGAGAUACCGAAAAGACAAGACCCUCUACCAUCCUGUAAGCAGCAGCUGUAUGGACUGCAGUGAGAGUGACCGAAAGAUCUUUAUGAGCAGCUGCAAUCCUGCAUCUCCAACCCAGCAGUGGAUAUUUGAACACACAAACUUGACAGUCUUGGAAAAAUUUAACAGAAAUCUUGAUCUUUAAAAGACUGAGAAAAAUAUAUAUAUUUUACAAUUAUAGUUUUUACUGGGGAGGGUUACAAAAAUUUUUUUAAGAAUACUUUUUUUUAAACAGUUAAGGUAAAAGGGAGAAUCUCAGGAGAAGGUUAAUUAGCAGGCCAGUCUUUAUUGCAAAGAUGCUGCAUCCUUCUCUUCUAGGGAUGGUGACAUUUUAAAGGCUUUGCCAGAGCCACUUCUGUGCUGAGGCUGAACAGAAACUCUGUUUUUAGAGGAGUCUGUGAUUCAAACCGCUUUUUUUUUUAAGUUUGGUUUGUUUUGUUUCCCACCUGGGUCUGAUGUUAAAUGAUAUUUUGUUAUCUGGGACCCUCCAGGAAUUUUUGUAGCUGCUACACUACCCGCUGAAUUGUUCCCAUAUAGGUGCUUAAUCUUUCAAAGUCCAUCUAAGUAAAAUCUUGGGUGAAAGAUAUAAUCCUCUGAUGUCAUAGACAUUAAAAAAAAGGGGGGAGGGAAUCAAAAUAUCAAAUUAAUUAUUUUUUUGCCCUAAACCAAAAUAUAUUUCAAACAGGUUGAGUAUAGGUUGAGUAUUAUUACUUUUCAGAUCGUAGCUCUGAUAAAGGAAUGAGCUAUAGUGAAGUGCAGUCAAGUGUUGGGAAUAUCACUGGAGUUAUUAGCAGUGAGGAAUCUGGGUUUCUGGUCCAUUCACUUUGCAGUUCAGUUUGUCACUCACUGUUGAAUCUUCAAGGUGAAAGAUGAGCAGAGGGUUUUAGAGUAAGCACAGUUCUUACAACUGAAGGCUUUUGCUAAGAGCCUCUGGAUAUCAGGUUCCAAAUUUGCCUCUUAUUCAGCAUCUUCUUAGCACUAACAUCUAGGAUUUCUCAGAGUUAAAUCUACUACAUGAAGGCAACUUCCAUUUUUCCUUUAGAGGUUUGAAGGCUGACUUAAUUCACAGUUGGUGUGAGCAGAUUAAUUCCAGAUAAUUAAGUCAGGGCAGAGAUUAGCCAUUGGUCUUUAUCCAUUUGUUCUUCAGUCUGUAGUUUGUUGCAGUCAUGAGUUUGGUGGUCAGUAAUGUUCUAGCCCUGUGGGAACAUGCUGUUCAUCUCUCCCAACAUCCACAGCACUGUAUGGUUUAUUGGCACUGGAAAUCUAUUUGCUUAAGCGAAAGAUUGAUGGGCCAGUUUCACUAGUACCCUGUCCUUUGUGUAGUCAGUUAGCAGUGCAAGGUAUUACCCUUCUGGUUUGGCUGCAGGAUCUGCAGACACUGAACCAGAAUUUGUCUCAUCUCAGCUGCUGGAAAGAAGUCCUGACACUGAAGGGUGAACAGAGAACCAUUGGUUUCAAGUCUGUCUGAAACAAGUGAUUAAAAAUAAAACCCCACACUGGUUGAAAAUUAAGUUGUUGCAAGAACAGAUUUAAUAGUUCAGCCCACUUAAUCUUCUACUGAAGGCAGCAGUGGUGUUUUCUAGUACAAGCUACGAAUGCUGAUGCAUUUUGCUCCUGUGUUGCCUAGUGUCAAGAAACCAGCAGGCUGGCUCCCUCUGCAGAGCUCCAGAAGUAACAAACCUUCUAAUAUUGCCGACCAUAGGAUCAUUGCCCAUAUUUCAGAUGUCUUUGAGGCCGUGUAGUGCUGUAUUGUGUCAGCUGGGAGCAGACUAAGACAACCAGCUGCCUCUCAAGUCUGAUAUACGAGGCUCCAAAUAAUUUACAUCUCUCUCACCCUCACAGUUGAGGCCAUAUCUGACCUGUUCUGCCUCUCUGGCCCAUGCGGUCAUAGAUCUGUAGAAUCCUAGAACCAUCCAGGUCGAAAAAGACCCCCGGGAUCAGCAAGUCCAACCAUCAUCCCCACUCCACAAAGUUCUCCCCCAAACCAUCUCCACCAACACCAUAUCCAAAUGACCCUUAAACACAUUCAGGAAUGGUGACUCAACCACCUCCCUGGACAGCCUAUUCCAGUGUCUGACCACUCUUACUGUGAUAUUUUUUUUUUUCCUAACGUCCAGUCUAAACCUGCCCUGUUGCAGCUUGAAGGCCUUCCCUCUUGUUCUGUCGCUAGUUACCUGUGAGAAGAGACCAGCACCAACCUCUCUACAAUGACCUUUCAGGUAGUUGUCGAGACUGAUGAGGUCUCCCCUCAGCCUCCUCUUCCUCAAACUAAACAUUCCCAGCUCCUUCAUGCAUUCUUCAUAAGAUUGAUUCUCUAGGCCCUUCACCAGCUUCGUUGCCCUUCUCUGUACUUGCUCCAGCACCUUGAUGUCUCUCUUGAAUUGAGGUGCCCAAUGAAGCAAGGGAAACAUGGGCACUUUGUUGCAGCUGGGACCAGGCUUGUCAAAUGUGUCGGUGUCUAACACUUUAGGAGUGAAGAAAGAAAAAAAAGCUCUAGGCUUUCUUUGUGACAGUUUUGCAGCAGUAUUGCUAUGGAAGUGACACGAGUGUCAAAGAGAGUUGACAUCUUAUGUUCUCAGUACCUACAAUAUGUCUGUCAUUAGGAUCCCUUUUCAUGUCUGUUAAGAGACAGAGCCCCUUUCCAGUGCUUUGUGUCUGACUGUUGCUUUCCUUAAGUUAUUAAUGCUCUCAUUAGUCUGGUAGAGCUGACUGUGGAUCACUAGAUGGCCUGACUAGAUGUCUUUAUGAAUGUUUUAAUACCUGUGGAACAAGAAGCUGUUUGUCUAUGAACGGUGCUAGUCUUUUAUAAAUGGGACACAAUCUGCAAAUUAUAUAAAUGGACUGGAGGUCGUUCUGCUUAGAGCUUGCAACUUUGUGUGUCUUAGUUUUCUAAUGAGAGGAUUAGCUUCUGUUUCUAAAAUGCAUGGCUUGCUUUGUACUUGGGCUCACCUUGUGAAGAGUCCCAGCUGCCUGGCUUGCUGGAUGCUUGCUUCAGAGAAAACUGCAGUAACAAACAGGUCUUUUACCACUUAAUGAUUUUAAUCUGGAGAGAAAGGACAGCUCUUAGCAGUCUGCAGCAAAAGAUUAGGUAAUUGCUGAGGCAAUUCUGGUUUGACAACUGACCACCAGUACUUGGAAACUGGAGCUUUAGUGUGAGUCGUCCUACUGGGUCCUCAGUAUGGUUGAUCUGGUUGGUUUUCUCAAGGUUUGGGAUCUGUGUGUGAUAAGUACCCUACAAAUUCUGUACUCUCCUGGCUGGCUCACUGGGCUUUGAGCUGUUAUUUACAUCAAUUACACUUUUCAAUACCCUAGAGGCUUUGUUGAGUAAUGUGAAGGCUUAGUAUAGCCAGGCAUCCAGUGAUUGAGAAACAUAAGCUGUGUUUCAUCAUCUACAUCUUUAAUUGAGCCUUUACUGGGCAAUCUGGUUAAUUAUUCCAUUUACUCUUGGUUAUUUGUAAGCAGAAUUGCUAUAGCGUGAAUACACAAGCAAAUCUUCACAUCUGCAUGCAAGUCAAGACUGGAGAUUAAAUACCAGUGAUUAGCUAAUGCAAAAUAAAUGUUUUCAUAUUUUUUCCACAAAACUAUUCAAACCACCCUUCUCACCAAGGCUGUUUAAAUUCUGCUGUUUUUAAGCAUCCCAAACAACAGGAGGAUCUCUGGAUGUCUGUUAUGUCUCAUAAUAAUACUUUGAUUUGCUCUUGCAGCUCUUGUUUGUUUGUACUGGUGCUAAUCUCUAGGGCCUACAAACAGUAAGAGGUUUGGGGCUCUUAUGUGUGCAAGAUGUCUUUUUUCAUGCCUGGGAAAUUAAUUUUCUUUUCCACACCAUAAUAGAAGAAUGUGUGGGCCUUACUGAAAGGGGGGAAUACAGCAUCAUUAAAAUAAAGAUGUGCCUUUUAAAAUGUAAAUGUACAGCAAAUGCUUAAACUUGAACCAUUUCCUAGUGCCUUGCUGGACAUGAGAGAAGAGGGGAAGGGGUUAGGAGAUAAGGAUGUAAGAGAAAGCUCGGUUUGUGUAGUGUUUCUGUGGGUUUUUUUAAUGUCCAACUUUAAGUACAAAAUUUGUGUGAAGAUAGUAAUGCAGAAGCUCUGGGGUUUCCUCUAUUAAAUCGAUAUCAUUGAUGACUUUGGGGAAGUUGGAGGUUUGUCAUUCCUAAUAGGAAGACUUGAAAAGGAUGGCAUCUUCCUCUUGGUACCCUGUAACAACCAAAACUAAAGCAGAGGAUGUCUUGGUUAGCUGUUGGAUGUUUCAUCUCAUGGUGAAGGCUUGUGCAUUUUAUUUUCUAAGUGUCCAAAUCAAGUCAGCAGUAGUCCCAGAGGCACAUCAGAGCUGGACAAGUGUCUUGCAAAAAGUCGAUGCCUUGCAUCGCUGGGAAAGCUUUUAAAGGGUGUGUUCGAAUCUCUAAUGGAGAACUUCUCAUCUUCACUUUCUUCCUGGUUUGUUUUACAGUAGUCUGUGCACAGGGCUUUGCUUUCCUUUACUGGAGAGCUCCAGGCAGCAAACUUUCCUUUUCCCUGCACUGAGACAUCAGUGUACUGAAAGUCAAACAGGCAUGACCAGCAACUGGCAGUGCAAGAUCAGGGUGCUCUCGGAGCUGCUGUAGGAUCAUUACAGCAGCUAUGCUGGUUUACAUCACCAAAGGGAGAGGGCAGUCACCUCCUGAAAGUCAUCCUGGGCUGUCAUGUAACUGCUGGGUAAAAAGGGAGAAGCUUUCAAUUGAAAGAGCCUGGGAAGGUUGUCUUAAGCAGUCUGGCUCUGCCAACACAAGGAAUUCAAGUGUACCUUGCAUCCCACAUCCACUCCCAACUGCUGUGGUUCAUGUUCCUGCUCACCUACUGUAUUUCUUCCCACUUGCAACAAAGGAGCCUGGGGGUGCCUGGGCUGGUCCUUAUCUGACAAGCAACAAUCUAGGCUUCCAUUUUAACAAUCAUUCAGCAUGAAAAGCUUCUUAUAUAAUUAGCAAGCCAGUGCCAGAAUGGUGUGUAGCUUUAGGUUAAUGUCAGAUUCUAUGGCAGCAAGAUUAAAAUGUCUUUCACAGAAUACAUAGCAACAGGGGAGCUGGACUGGGAGUCAGGAGCACUGGGUCCUGCUGCUAGUCUACCAGUGGCCUAUUCAUCUUGAGCAAGAAAAGUCUUUGUGCUGCAAUUUCCCAACCUGUGUAAGAUUUAGCUUUUAAGUGCUUUAUUUGCUGACCUAAUGAGUGUUGAGUCCGUAUUUUAAAAAAGCUGCAAGUCCUCACCUGGUUUGAGUGGAGGGGAGAGAUGGAAUGGGUGGAGAAAGGGAAAGCUGAGAUCUGAAAUUCCCUUCAGCAUUCAACACUAAGUUGUCAUAUUCCUCAUUUACCACUCUGAUUUAUUUGCAUUAUAAAUGCAAAGUGUGACUGACAUAAACUCACCUCCUGCUCUGAUUGCUCCUUUUUAGUACACGUGGAGGUCUGUGUAUGAAACUAGGCAAUGACAGGUUAUGGAAAUCCUAAUAAAAAUCCUUUGCCUGUUCUUGCCUCUGCUAGCUGAGUAUACUCUUUAUUUGCUGCAUUUGUGCUUUCUUGAUGCUUCUGUAUGACCCAAAAGGCUUUAGCAAUUCCAGCAGAUGUGAAGGAUUUGAGAGCUUUAUAUAAGCCACUGAAUCUAUGUGGUCUUAAAUCUUCUAGUUCAACUCUAGGAAGAAAAGUCCUGCUUCUGAUUAGUGAAUGAGCAAAUAUGAACUUCAACCACAAAACAAGAUAAAAACUGAUCAAGCUAAUAGACUAAAACAUUAGCCCUUAUAAUAACAAUAACAAAUAGCUUUAGCCUCCAGGACAGAGAAGGGAAUUGGUUCCAAAAUGCAUUCUCCAGGAUCUCAGUGAUAAGGUCUAAGUGUGUCUAUUCCUUGUGCUGCAUGAAUUUUACCUGUAAAACUGGGUGGUGCCUCUUGAAUCAGUAUAUAUUCAUUUCUGUGCAUAUUAGGACCAACAGCCUAAUAUCUGGGGGUGGUAAAGGACUUGUAGCACUUUAAUGUAGUAGCUCUCAUAAAUUGGGAAUCAUUGAUAGAAUGCCUGGUGUUUUUAAAGUUGAAUGGACUUCCUUUUAUAAUAUAUUUAAAAUAAAUUUUUAAUGUGUUUUCUGAAA